CAGAUCAUCUCGUCGAUCCAUAAUAAACUAAUUAACCACCACUAGUUAGCAGCAAACCGCAGCAACUAACCCGUCCCCAAUCCACUGCAGUUUCUUGAUUGCGGUUGCACACGCUAUCAGUCACUCUCUGUUACGGUGGUAGUUGCGGCCAUUCGCAAGAACACAGGCGAGAGAGAGGAGGAGGAGGAAGCAGAUUGAAUUGAAGCGCGGCCGGCCGGCAAGAUGGUGAACGCCGACGCCGUCCGCAACAUCGUCGGCAUCAUCGGCAACGUCAUCUCGUUCGGCCUGUUUCUGUCGCCGCUGCCGACCUUCAUCCAGAUCGUGAACAAGGGCGACGUGGAGAAGUUCGUGCCGGACCCGUACCUGGCGACGUUCCUCAACUGCGCGCUGUGGGUGUUCUACGGGCUCCCCAUCGUGCACCCCAACAGCAUCCUCGUGGUCACCAUCAACGGCACGGGCCUCCUCAUCGAGACCGUCUACCUCUCCAUCUUCUUCGCCUACGCGCCCAGGCCCAAGCGCCUCAAGAUGCUGGGCGUCCUCGCCGUGGAGCUCGUCUUCCUCGCCGCCGUCGCCGCGGGGGUGCUCCUCGGCGCGCACACCUCCGACCAGCGCUCCCUCGUCGUCGGCAGCAUCUGCAUCUUCUUCGGCACGAUAAUGUACGCCGCGCCGCUCACCGUCAUGAAGCGCGUGAUCACGACCAAGAGCGUCGAGUACAUGCCCUUCACGCUCUCCUUGGUCAGCUUCCUCAACGGCGUCUGCUGGACCACCUACGCGCUCAUCCGAUUCGACAUCUUCAUCACGAUCCCCAACGGCCUGGGAACACUGCUGGGCUUGGCGCAGCUGAUCCUCUACUUCUGCUACUACGGGUCGACGCCCAACAAGCCGAGCGACGACAGCAAUAGCAUGGAGCUGCCGGUGACGGCCGGCGACCAGGGCAAGAACUAGCGCCGCCGCGCCAGCUUAAUUAAUUCCACCUGAGCCGGAUUCCGGCCGGCCGGGUAGGAGUUGUGUGUGUGUCAGUGUGUGUGGCUGUAUGUGCAGGUACUGCGGGCAUGAGCAUGCACGAGCGCAUGCCAGUCUCGUCGCGAUGCAUACGAGGACACGCAGCAAGCAAAAGCUGCUAGCUGUUUUUGCCAGAUUUGGCUUCAUUUCUGGGUGUCUUUUGUUGCCGGUGUGUGUGUUUUGUAACUCGUUGUUGCUGCGUGCUAACUUGUUGUUUGUUUGGG